CUCCCCGGUGCCCCGCACUAAUAUGGCCGCCGCCACCGUCAGAGCCGCCGCCGCGAGCCGGCCGUUGGUGGGCAUGCUCCCUGAGUGCCCCGCACCAACAUGGCGGGCGUCUUCGCUGGGGUGACUUUAAUUCUCGGUGUUCGGUUAUAGCCGGCCGGCGCUUAUUUCUCUUCGGAAGGCUCGGAACCUGUGGUGUAGUCGCGGAAGGGAGGGUGGGUUCCGGGGGAGAAAGGUGAGAGGGGACUGCAGGCAUCCGGGCCGGCUCCUGGCGGGAGCAAGAUGGCUGAGGGCGAACGGCAGUCGCCGCCAGAUUCUUCGGAGGAGAACCCUCCAGCCACUCAGAACUUCCUUAUUCCAAAAAAGGAGAUCCACACAGUUCCAGACAUGGGCAAAUGGAAGCGUUCUCAGGCAUAUGCUGACUACAUCGGAUUCAUCCUCACCCUCAACGAAGGUGUGAAGGGAAAGAAGCUGACCUUCGAGUACAAAGUCUCUGAGGCCAUUGAGAAACUGGUUGCUCUUCUCAACACGCUGGACAGGUGGAUUGAUGAGACUCCUCCAGUGGACCAGCCCUCUCGAUUUGGGAACAAGGCGUACAGGACCUGGUAUGCCAAGCUCGACUUGGAAGCAGAAAACUUGGUGGCCACAGUGGUCCCCACCCAUCUGGCAGCUGCUGUGCCUGAGGUGGCUGUUUACCUAAAGGAGUCAGUGGGGAACUCUACGCGCAUUGACUAUGGCACAGGGCAUGAAGCUGCCUUUGCUGCUUUCCUCUGCUGUCUCUGCAAGAUUGGCGUGCUCCGGGUGGACGACCAAAUAGCUAUUGUCUUCAAGGUGUUCAAUCGGUAUCUUGAGGUUAUGCGGAAACUCCAGAAAACAUACAGGAUGGAGCCAGCCGGCAGCCAGGGAGUGUGGGGCCUGGAUGACUUCCAGUUUCUGCCCUUCAUCUGGGGCAGUUCACAGCUGAUAGACCAUCCGCAGCUGGAGCCCAGGCACUUUGUGGAUGAGAAGGCCGUGAAUGAGAACCACAAGGACUACAUGUUCCUGGAGUGUAUCCUGUUUAUCACUGAGAUGAAGACUGGCCCAUUUGCAGAGCACUCUAACCAGCUGUGGAACAUCAGUGCUGUCCCCUCCUGGUCCAAAGUGAACCAGGGUCUCAUCCGCAUGUAUAAGGCCGAGUGCCUGGAGAAGUUCCCUGUGAUCCAGCACUUCAAGUUCGGGAGUCUGCUGCCCAUCCAUCCUGUCACGUCCGGCUAGGAGGGGCCAAGCCACUGAGCCUGAGCCACCCAGGCCUCAGUUCCUGGGCCCGCCUUCCCCGUCCCAGCCACACGGCCCCCUCCCUGCCCCCUCCCUCUAUUCUUUCUGUUUGAUGAGGCUGUUUACUGGGGUAGGGUAGAGAGCGCAGGGUUGAGGGGGGCUCAGAGCAUAAGGCUGAAGGACCCAAGCUGGGAGAAGUGACCAAAGUGUGGUUAGUUUCCUAACCUCCCCUGUGGUGGACGGGCAAGAAGAGAAGGGCCGGGCCCUGUCCUGGGCUACCCUCUCCUGUCCUGUCCUGGCCUCCUCUCCCUUCUCUCCUGACAGUCUCACUUGAGAACAGGGGCUG